AUGGUCUUGAAAACCUGCGGCUUCGAGGUUGGUGACCAAAUACUGGCUAUAGAUGGCGUGCCCCUGGAUCAAAAGUCUCUUAAUUUUGUUCGAGCUGAUUGUCAGCCCUCUGAAGCAGCUAAUCUCAGCCUUCUUGAUCUCGCCAGAUUUUGUCUUCAUCCGUUAAUCAGGACUAAUGAUCCGCUAUCCACGUGUUCAACCGCUUCUCGCCAAGGCGACUAUGACCAAUCUGCUAGCUUUUCAGAAGACCGUGCUCGUAGCUCCAAACUGGGUAGGCAAGCCGUUUUCAGAGUGCCAGAGUUGCCGAGUCGGUCGCGCACUUUCUCUUGCACCACAAAUCGAACCAUCUCUGCAUCCUACAUUACUCGAGUCAGUGAGUCCGAUGAAACCAAUCGUCUAGCUCCUCUACCCUUCUCUCGGCGUAUCUGCCAUUCCAUAUCACCAAGCGGUCAUCGUGGCUAUCGCUAUUAUUCUCAACAUACAAGAUCACCUCAGGAGAGGCUAUUUACCGACUGUGUGGACAUUAUGGUUGCUCGCAGGCCCGGCCAGAAUGAGUUGAUCGCCCAGUUUAUGGAAGAAUUGGGGCGCGACGCAAUGCUUACAACUGCUGUCCACAGUUCACCAGCGCGCCAGAUUCGUCUCAAUUCCACGGGUGCCGAAGUCGACAAGAGCGGUGUAUAUGAGGAAAGAAAUGUUGACACAGCGGCAGGGAAAGAUUUGCCGGAAGCAACUAAGAGCUUAAAAGUGAGAUCCUUUACAGAGUGGGCUCAUCUUUCAUCUGCUCACUGA